AUGGAUAUUUGUAAGAUACAUGAAAACGCCUCCAAAUGCAGUGUGAACACUAUGGAGUGCUUCAUGGUCCUCAGCACACAAGCGCAGAAGAUAAGCAUUGCCACGCUGUGCGGCCUCUUUGGGACGCUGUGCAUUUUCGAGAACUCUUUGGUGCUGUACUUGAUCUUCUCCUCCCCUGGGACCCGGAGAAAGCCUUCCUACCUCUUUAUCAGCAGCCUGGCCUUGGCUGACAUCCUGGCCAGCAUCAUCUUCGUCUGCAGUUUUGUGAACUUCCAUGUCUUUAAUGAAACAGAUUUCUCUAAAGAAAUGUUCCUGCUGCAGCUGGGAGGGGUGAACACAUCCUUCUCUGCCUCCCUGAGCAGCUUGCUUCUGACAGCCCUGGACCGUUACAUCUCUAUCAGCCGUCCGUCCGAAUACAAGCUCCUCAUGACAAGGAAGAGAGCAUGGAUAGCCCUGGGGUUGCUCUGGGUGGUGUGUGCGACCAUUGCUUCCCUGCCCCUCCUGGGCUGGAACUGCUGCACACUCAAUUCGACCUGCUCCGACCUGUUCCCAUUUGUGGAUGACAACUAUCUGGGAAGCUGGAUCUGCUUCAUCAUGGUCCUGCUGGGGUGUAUCGUCUACGCCUACGCACAUGUGCUAUGGAGGGCUCACCAGCACGUGGCCUACAUGGAGAAGCACCAAGUGCAGGUAGGAAAGCAAAACACCAGGAUGAGGAUGGAUGUCAUGUUGGCCAAGACCCUCGUCAUGGUGCUGACUGUCCUCGUGCUGUGCUGGUCUCCAGUCCUCGUUCUCAUGAUCUACAGCAUCUUUGCCAGGCUGAGCAAUCACCUGCGCAAGGUGUUUGCCUUCUGCAGCACCCUCUGCCUGCUCAAUUCUAUGGUGAACCCCAUUAUUUAUGCCCUGCGGAGCAAGGAGCUAUAUUCCUCCCUGAGGAUGGUCUUCUCUCGCUUCAGGAGGCAGCUGAAGGCCUCUGAAGGAAGCCCAGAAGCAGAAAGCACCCACAAGUCCUCCAUGAUAGAGACCGUCUGCGAGGACAUGCAUGUGAUGUAG